UGAUCGAUCAGUGGAAGCUAGCUAGCUCCUGACUACAAAGCUUUUUGCUUCACAUAUUGUGCAUGACGUUCAUUUUAUCCUAGUUCAUUGCAAGCAAAGAAGAAGAAGAAAAGCUAUAUAUAGCGUGUGCCGUACACAAUCCAAACGAGGCCUAUAUAUGGAAUUCCCUCCACAACCAUCCAACCCAUUUCAUACAUAUCUCUACCAAAAGUGUGCAUGAUUUUCUUGAUCAUUCAUUAUUUUUAAUUUUCCCCCUUUGUUGAUGCUAUUUUGCUAAGUUCUAUCAUCUGCUUAUUCAUCGGCUCCUUAACGUCAGGUCACCAACCUCGUUAACCUUUUGACAGUACUUGGCACGUGUCCGCUCCUUGCAGAACCGAAUUUUUACUUUGGUGUGCGUUUUAGCUUAAUUUGUCUCUCUUCAAAAUGCCUAUGGUUAUGUGCAAACAAACACAUUUGCUCAACAUUCCGCCCGGUGGGGGCCUCAACCUCCAACUUCUCCGCCUGCCACCGCAGAAGGAGAAAGUUGUGGUGUUGAUGGGCGCCACGGGAACCGGAAAAUCCAAGCUCUCGAUCGACCUCGCCACCCGUUUCCAUGGGGAGAUAGUGAACUCCGACAAAAUCCAAGUCUACGAGGGACUCGACAUAGCCACAAACAAGAUCACCGAAGCAGAGAAGCGCGGGGUCCCACACCACCUUCUAGGCACAGUAAAUCCCAACUCCAACUUCACGGCCGCAAACUUCACCAAAUCCGCAUCUCUGGCAAUAAAAUCAAUCUCCAACCGGGAAAGGCUCCCGAUCAUCGCCGGUGGCUCCAACUCUUACAUCGAAGCCCUAGUCGAGAGCGAGAACUACGAAUGCUGUUUCCUCUGGGUGGACGUCUCCAUUCCCGUCCUCUGCUCCUUCGUGUCCGAUCGGGUCGAUCGGAUGGUGGAGGCCGGAAUGGUAGACGAGGUGAGGAAGACGUUCAAUCCCUCGUCAGACUACUCAAGAGGAAUAAAGACGGCGAUCGGGGUGCCCGAAUUCGAUCGGUACUUCCGAACGGAGGCUCUUUUGAACAAACAGGCGCGAGCUUAUCUGCUUCGAGAAGUGGUUGACGAGGUGAAGAGGAAUACGAGGAAACUGGUGCGCAGGCAAUUGGAAAACAUAUACAGGCUGAGGAAUGUGAAGGGGUGGAAACUGCACAGGCUUGACGCCACCCAAAUGUUCAGAAAACAGGGGAGAGAGGCGGAGGAGGCAUGGGAGAGGAUGGUGGCGGGGCCUAGCUUUGGGAUCGUGAGUCGUUUCCUUCAUAAUGUGGGGCCUGAGGGGUAUGGUAACACGGCAGCCGUUAAGUGGGCGGCGGGGGCGGCGAAGGGUAUGGCUAUGGCGGCGGCGGGACACUAGUUGUAUAGUGGAAGAUGGGUAUAAUUGGUCCACGUACGAGUGGACGGGUGAGAUUGAUCUACUAAUUUGGCUCAUACAUCUGAAUCAUAAGGAGGAGUUAUAGUGGAAUAUGAGAUUUGACAAUUUUAGGAUAUACUAGUAAUUUGUUGUUUUGUAUGAUAUGACACUAUGGUUUACUAACCAAUAGUAUCAUCCACUUGAAGCAUAAUAAUUAAAAUAAUGCGGCUUUU